GCCUGGGUGAGGGGUCAGGGGCCGGGUGGGGGUGGCGAGCGGCCCUCUCCGAGGGCCAGCAGCGAGGACCCGGGAGAUCUUCGGAGAAGCGCGCGUGUGCGCGGCGGGCCCCCGGCCCGGCCCCAGUGUCCCCGGAGGCCUCCUCUCAGCCAGGUCCCAGUCAAGUCCGGUUCCGGCUGCCCCGGCUGCCCCCUCGUCCCCGGCCUCGGUCGGCUUGCCGAGCAGCCCUUCCCCCGCGGCCCCGGCCUUCCCCCACCCCCGGUAGCCGUCUCCCCGCGGCGCCCACCCGCAGACCCCCGGGCUUGCCACCCCCUCAGCCUGGCCCGGCCCGGCCCUGGCCUUGCUUUCCCCUCCCUGGGUGUCCGUCCCUCGUUGCUUUUCCGGACGUACUCGGAGAAUAAACUGAAAACAGCCGCGGACUCCGCGAACCAUUUGAGGUGGAACUGCGAGGGCUGCGUCAGAGGGCCGCACUGACAUCCUUUCCCAGGGCAGCGUCUUUAAUGGUCGGCAGGGCUCCUGGCUAAGGCUUCAGCGUUCAGUGCCCGGUCCCCGGCUCGAAGAUUCACCUCAUCACCAACCAUUUGCAGCUCUCUUUCCUCCGUCUUUGGAGAACCAACGCCCGUCCCCCGCCACCUACCACCCACCCCGCCCCUGAGGAACUGUGUUUCGCUCCUUGAAGACUCUGGAGGAUGAAAGUCAUCACUUGCGAGAUCGCCUGGCACAACAAGGAGCCGGUGUACAGCCUGGACUUCCAGUAUGGAGCCGCCGGGAGGAUCCACCGGCUGGCCUCCGCGGGGGUGGACACGGCUGUCAGGAUCUGGAAGGUAGAGAAAGGACCAGAUGGAAAGGCCAUUGUUGAAUUUUUGUCCAAUCUUGCUCGCCAUACCAAAGCGGUCAAUGUCGUGCGUUUUUCUCCAAAUGGGGAAAUUUUAGCAUCGGGAGGGGAUGAUGCUGUCAUUCUGCUCUGGAAGGUGAAUGAUAACAAGGAGCCGGAACAGGUUGCCUUUCAGGACGAGGAUGAGGCUCAGCUGAACAAGGAGAACUGGACUGUUGUAAAAACCCUGAGGGGCCACUUAGAAGACGUGUAUGAUAUUUGCUGGGCAACUGACGGAAAUUUAAUGGCUUCUGCCUCUGUGGACAACACGGCCAUCAUGUGGGACGUUAGUAAAGGCCAGAAGAUCUCCAUUUUUAAUGAACAUAAAAGUUACGUACAAGGAGUAACCUGGGAUCCUUUGGGUCAAUAUGUUGCUACUCUGAGCUGUGACAGGAUCCUGAGGGUGUACAGCACACAGAAGAAACGUGUGGCUUUUAACGUCUCAAAGAUGCUGUCUGGAGUGGGGGCCGAAGGAGAGGCGAGAAGUUACCGGAUGUUCCAUGAUGACAGCAUGAAGUCAUUCUUCCGUAGACUGAGUUUCACUCCUGAUGGAUCUUUGCUCCUCACACCAGCUGGGUGCGUGGAAUCCGGUGAAAAUGUAACGAACACGACUUACGUUUUCUCCAGGAAAAAUCUUAAAAGGCCCAUCGCCCACCUUCCAUGUCCUGCGAAGGCGACGCUCGCUGUCCGCUGCUGCCCCGUCUACUUUGAGCUGAGGCCGGCAGCGGAAGCAGAACCGGGCAUGGAGCUGGUGAGCCUGCCCUACCGCCUGGUGUUCGCGGUGGCUUCUGAGGACUCGGUGCUUCUCUACGACACCCAGCAGCUGUUCCCGUUCGGCUACGUGUCCAACAUCCAUUACCACACCCUGAGUGACAUUUCCUGGUCCAGCGACGGGGCCUUCCUGGCCAUCUCUUCCACAGAUGGUUACUGCUCCUUCGUGACAUUCGAGAAAGAUGAGCUUGGAAUCCCCUUGAAAGAGAAGCCGGUUCUGAGCGUGCGAACUCCUGAUACAGCAAAGAAAACCAAGAGUCAGACCCCCUCGGGGUCUUCGCCAGGACCCAGGCCAGGGGAGGGGACCCCCACCGGCAGAGUCCAGGACCCCAGCAGUCCCUCUGCCACCCCCCCGCAGGUGAAACAGUCUCCAGCCCCCACGGCGGCCAAGGACACCCCUGCAGCUGCUUCCGGUUCCAGGGUUUCCCCGGCAGGGCACCCCAAGGAGAAGCCCCUGCAGCCCAGCGGUCAGAAUGCCAAGGCCCAGCCAUCCCGGAGGGUCACCCUGAACACCCUGCAGGCCUGGAGCAAGCCCACACCCCGGAGAAUAAACUUAAUACCCUUAAAGACAGAUUCUCCACCGAACUCCAUAUCAACCCCCAUAACUUCCAGCCCUUCCACAGAGGAAGUUCAAUCAGCCUCAGAGAUGCCUGCAGAGCCUCAGGUCAGCCCCCCGGAGCUGAAGCGGCCCCGAUUCGGUGAGCAUGGAGAAGGACCCCAGUGAGACCUGUCCUGUGCCUGAAGGUGGCCAGCUCUGGGGCCCCCGGGUGCCAGGGAGGGGUGGGCCUGAAGGCACCUGAGACCAGUGGCAUCCGACGGAAAUGGAUUUCAGUAACGGAAGAUACACGUGGACUGGUCUUCUCCAGAGAUAUGUCGCCUCUUGUAUUUAGGAUAUAUUUUUACCUCAGAGAUGUGAACAUCUUAAUAGACUACAUUCUCUUUUUCUUGAAUUCCUGAGAUGGGAGCCCUGUAUCAUCCAUGGGGUUGCAAAGACUUGGAUAAGACUGAGCAACUUUCACUUUCAGUGUUACCUAGUGUGAAAAUGAGUGACUCUCGCCUCGGAAUAUUUGUAUGAAAAUGCAGACACUUGACCGUGGAUUCUCCUACAGCUGGAAUUAGAGGAGACGGUACUUUGAGAAGGUUUAUUCCAUUUAGGUUUUAGUGUGUUGGAUGAUUUGAUCAACUUCGCUCCUAAAUAGUUGAUUAACUUUUGGAAGUUUGUUAUGUUUGCUUUCAGGUUUUAAAGGUAAUAAUGCUCUUUCUAGAAAGAUAGUAAACUAGAGUAAAUUAGGACAAAAGAAACUGGCUUGGAGGUGGAAAUCACCCAUCUCACCACCAAAAGGAAACCCUUGCUACUGUUUCAGCAUAUUUCCUUUUUAAAAAAAAUUGUUUUUAAUGUUAUUUUUGGGAGGAGGAAGGGUUGUGAUCUCACUUUAUAUGCAGUUUGGUUAACACAUAGGUUACCUUCUUGAUUUUUCAAAGCAAAAGAAGUACCUUUCCUCGGUGGUCUGUGCUUCUGCCCGUUCAGCACCUGGGCUGCUGGUGUGGUCCUUUCCCACCUGGGAGUAAAUGGGCCUUGCGGGCUGAGAUGUGUGACGUGCUGUCCCUGCAGCAGGCAUCACACGUUUGGAGGCUCCUCUUAGUGCGAAAGAUGCUGGCGUCGUGACCGAGAGGUGGCGACGGGCGUGGUCCCGGGCGCCGGCGCGGCCGUGUCACGCUGAGCGGAGCUGACCCCUGCUUCCGCGACGCCUGAUGCCGUCAGUCACCCUGGCAGAUGAAGCCCCCAGGCGAGGCUGCACCAGCGCGCCUUGCCCCAACUAAGCCAGACCAGAGGGCGAGUUCAGGAUCCGCACAUCCCGCCUCUGCGGGGAGCCCCUGAGGGUGGGAGAACCACCCUCAGCUCAGGCCGGCAGCAGGGCAGAGAGUUGGAAAGGACUUGGUUCUUUGCUUCACUGAGCCACGUGUGUGUGCUCAGUCAUGUCCGACUCUCUACGACCCCAUGGACUGUAGCCCCCACCAGCCUCCUCAGUCCAUGGGAUGCUCCAGGCAAGAAUACUGGAGCGGGUUGCCGUGUCCUCCAGAGCACCGUCCCGAACCUGUGUCUCCUGCAUCGUCAGGCAGAUUCUUCAGCACUGAGUCACCUGGGAAGCUCCGUCCACAACCCAGUUAACCAGAAAAGGAGCCCGCCUCUCUCUUCACGGGAAAGAGGCAAAGGGGAUGAUUUACAAUGUGGAGAGCUUGCAGGUGAAUCGAUGCAGAGUUGUAGUAACACAGGUGUGGGUCACGUCCAGUAGGAAGAUGUUUUAAGAGGUCAAAGAGCAGCUGUUUUGACCAAGGGUUCUCCGCCUUGAGGCCCCCCCCCCAAAGAGCUGCCAGACGUUGAUGCCCGGGUCCUGCCGCCCAAGUCUGUCUUCCUUGGUCUGCGGUGCUGUUUGAACCUUAGGAUUCUUGAAAGCUUCGCUGGCGAUCUAAGGCACAGCCAGGAUUGAGAAGAGAGGGAAGCUUUCCCUGGAGGCAGUCUCUGCCUGUUAAAUGCAUCUGCACCAAAAGCUUUCUCUUGCUUUCCUGGUCCAUCACUGAGGGACAGCAGCUUUCUUUACCAAACCAAAAGGAUAACAACGUGUGGGAGAUGCCAUCAGCUCUUCAGAGGAAAAAUGACUUUAAAUUUCUUGCAGCUGGGGACUUCCCUGGUGGUCCGAUGGCUAAGACUCCUGCGUGCUUCCAACGCAGGAGCGGGGCACAGGUUCGACCUCUAUUCAGGGAACUAGACCACAUGUGCUAGGGGGCUCAGCCAAAAAAUAAAAGUAUCCUGCAGCUGGA